AUGGAUGUAUCCGAUCAAAUUUGGUUAGAAGAUCUUAUUCUUAUUUGGCUUGAUUCUCAUAUCCAUAGUGGAACGCAUAAUGAUGAAAUCAUACAUAAAUUAAGAACCUGUAUUAAUUAUAUUAAAAUGUAUAACGAUCCUGAUCAAUGUAUUAAUUAUAUAACAUGUUUUGCACCAACAGCACAAAGAAUAAUUUUGAUUGUAUCUCCAUCAAUUGGUGAAAUUAUUAUCCCAUUGAUAAAUAAUUUACCACAAUUAAUAUCGAUUUAUGUUUUUUGUAAUACUGAUCAACCUAAAUUUAUUGAUUUACAGACAAAAAUCUUUUCUUCAAUUGAUCAACUUGUACACCAAUUAUCAAGAGAUGCAAAAAAGUUUUUAGAACAAUCGAUUACAUCAACUAUAAUUUAUGCGGAUGAAAAAACAUUUCGAAAUUUAUCGAGAAAAACAGACAAUGUUAUGUUUAUGUGGUGGAAAUAUUUAAUUGAGAUUCUAUUGAAAAUACCUCAAAAGAAAUAUAAUCCUCGACAAGAUAUUCUCAAUGAACUUCGUUUACAAUAUAAUAAUGAUUCAAUAUAUGAACAUGAAAUAAACAAAUUUGAAACAACAUAUCAAUCAAAUGAUGCUAUUAAAUGGUAUACAAGCGAUUGCUUUCUUUAUCGUAUCUUAAAUCAAGCAUUUCGUACAGAAAAUAUUGAUCUCAUAUAUCGAUAUCGAUUUUUUUUCAGUGAUUUAUAUAAAAAUAUUCAAGAAUUACAUUUGGAACAGCAAGAAACUUUAUUGAAAGAUGUUGAUAUUGUCUACCGUGGUCAGUGUAUAAAUUCAGAUGAAUUUAAUAAACUUUGUACAAAUAUUGGUUCACUUGUUGUUAUGAAUAAUUUUCUUUCUACUUCAUUAACAAAAGAACUAGCCUACAUAUAUUCUGGUGAUGGUGAACAAAAACCGGAUAAAGAAUCAAUUAUUUAUGAAAUUCAUAUAGAUAAUCAAUAUAGAUUAUCACAACCAUUUGCUAAUAUUCGUGAUUUUAGUGUAUUUCCAGACGAAGAUGAAAUAUUAUUUGUAACAGGAACAGUUUUUCAACUUCAAUCGAUUUAUUCUGAAGGUAACAGGUGGAUUGUUAAACUAUUUUUAACUGAUGGAAAAUUACCGGAUACAGAUGAUGUAAAUCAAUACCACAAUAUACAUUCCAAAAAAAACACUACAUUAACAGCAUUUGGAUUUGCUUUAUUGAAGGCAGGUCAAUAUGAAAGUGCAGAAAAAUAUUUUCAACUUCAAUUACUUUAUUCUAAUGCUCCCCCGGUCAGAGUAAAUUCUGGUCGAACCGUAGAAGAACACGAACUUUCUCAAAGUAUAAGAUACCUUUUAAAUAGUGGAAAUGAGACAAGUGAUUCAUUGUAUGAUAAUCCAUGUGAACGUGUAUAUUUAAGUGGUUCUCCUACACAACAUGAACUUCUGUCACGUUUUUCGAAACAAAAAGAACUUGAAUAUACUGGUUUGACAUAUAAUAAUUUAGGACUAGUUAAUCAUUAUAUGGAAAAUUUUGACAAAGCUCUCAGUUAUUAUAAUCAAGCUUUAGAAUUCUAUUUUAGAUCAGCAAAAUUAUUACAUAAUCAUCCACUAAUAGCAGAUUCUAACUUAACUGAAAAUAUGUUACCAUAUAUAUUAUUAUCACGUACGCAUGGUAACAUUGGUUUGACUUAUUUAAAUAUACAUGCUUAUGCAUUAGCCGAUAGAAAUUUCAAAAUGGAUCUGAAAUGGUAUGAGAAAGCAGCUUGCUCCUAUAUGAAAGAUGAUGUUCCUGAUGAUGAACUUGCACGUAUAUAUCAUAAUAUGGGUGACUUAUAUGCUACUACAUUUAAAUAUGAUUUAGCUCUUGAAUAUUUCAAUCGUACGUUAGCUAUUUUAACAAAUGCACACGUACCUAAUUCUCAUCCAAUGAUCGCUACUACAUAUCAUAAUCUAGCAAACAUAUAUUUUGCCAAAAAGGAUAGAGAUUCAGCCUUAUCAGCUAUAAAUAAAGCAUAUGAUCUUUGCUUAAAUAUGUUACCAUCGACACAUCCCGAUUUUCGAUCAACACUUUUCUGUUCAGAAGGAAUUCAGGCUUGGGCAAAAAGUAAUCCCAGUUCCAAUGAUGAUAUUAGAGAGGAGCUUGUAUCAAAAAUAUUAGAGAAUAUUAACACGGAUUCAACUGAACAUUAUUAUGCUCGUGGUAUACACUUUUUUCAACAGGAAGAUUAUCACAUUGCUUUAGAGAAUUUACUUCAAUGUGUUGAACUUGGUUCAGACACAACUGCGUUAUACAUACUUAUUGCUCGUAUAUAUGAGAAACAAGAAAAAAGAUCAGAAUCAAUAAGUUUUUAUGAAAAAGCAAUUAAAUCGACGUCUGACGAUGAUUACUUAAAUGAAUGUUACUUAAGUAUAGUGCAUUUAUAUACACUCGAAAAAAAUUAUCAAAAUGCGCUUCGUCUAAAUGAAGAAAGAGUUCAAAUAAUGAUGAAUCAAUCAGAUCAUUUAGAACUUGCGUUUAUUUACAAAACUAAUGCUAAUCUUCAUCGGUAUAUGAAUGAUUCAAAAAAUGAACUAUUAAAUUGGGAAAAAGCUAUUGAACAUGCUUUAGAAUCUGAUAAUAAUAUUCUAUUAGUAGAAAUUUAUCUUGGUGUUGGUGAUGCUCAUUAUCAUAAUAAUUGUUUUGACUUAGCAGAAAAAUAUUAUCAACAAGCGAAAUCUACCUUAGAAAACUCAUCAAUAUUAUCUCCAAAAAAUCUCUAUUCAGCAUAUAAUAAAUUAGGUAUUUUACAUGAACAUGGAACAAAUAAUUAUGAAUUAGCAUUGAACUAUUACGAAAAUGCAUUGAUUAUUGCAGUUAUUGAUUUAAAAUCAACAACAAAUGAAAUAAUAGCAAAUGCAUACUAUAAUCUUGCUUUAUUACAUUAUAAAAUUUUGAAUUAUCUCUCUGCAAUUGAUUAUUGUCAAACAGCAAUAGAUUCUUUAUUAUCAGCUUUAGACAAAAAUAAUAAUACACAUAAUCUUUUACAAAAUAUCUAUUAUACAUUAGCUCAAGUCUAUUUAGAUGAUAACAAUGGUUACGACGCACAUGAGACGUUUCAUAAGUUAUGGCUUACAGGGAUUUAUAGUGAUCAUCCUGCUUAUCCGUUUUUGCGAUCACAAUUUUAUAAUGAAAACGAUACUGUUUCAUGGAUAAAUACAGCAUAA